ACAUGAAUGAAUCAGAUCAGUGCAGUUGCACUGCGCCGGACCUUGACAACGCAUUAUCUCUUCAGAUGCAUCAAUCAACACCGUUUAACCACACAAUAAAAACUGACUAAUUUGAAGCUAAACAGAAACACAAAAUCAGUGACCUUUCGAACUUCGUCGCGACAUCUUCGUUAUCGCUUGUACCGGCACGAUAAAGUUUUUUUUUAUUUUUAUUUUAGCUACAGUGGGGUCACCAUGAACUCGGAAAAAAAUAAAAGCAAGCCGUCCAGAUUUAUUAAAAGAAAUUCGUUAUUGACCGACUUGUUCGAAAAUGACCACAUUAAGACGGUUUAUCAUUUAUUUAUUGCCACUUUCAUUGGACUGUUUGUUAAUACGGUGGCCUACGACUAUUUAAAAAAAGGAGAGGUAGUUCUAGGGUUAAAACUGAUUAAAUCAGGUUUCGGAAAACUGCACAUAGCGCUAUUAGUGUGGUGCGGGUACUUCUUAGUCACGUGUUCAAUUUAUUACAUUUUCAAACUUUGGGCCACUUAUAGAAAUUUCCACAAAUAUACCUUUUCAGUACAAGUCACGAAAUUUUGGGACUGGUUUUGGAUAACCCUCUUGUCUCUCUACUACAUUUAUAGUUUCAAAUUUGCCGCCUAUGUGGUCACCGAAUUCAAGCUGCCACCAGCCUCCUCGGCAAUAGUCGUUCUCGAACAAACGAGAUUAUUAAUGAAGAUCCACUCCUUCAUCAGAAGCAACAUUCACAAACCGCAUAGCGACAACCCCCUAAAACUACCCCCUUUCUCCAACUUCCUUUAUUUCCUCUUCGUCCCAACGCUAAUCUACCAAGAAACCUACCCCCGUACCGCCAAAAUCAACUGGAAAUUCGUACUUCUACGUCUCCUAGAAUGCAUCGCUGUCAUUUUCUACCUCAGCUUCGUCAUCGACCGCUUCCUCAACCCCACGGUACAAGACUUCGGCAGCCGAAAAUACACCCUAAACGAAUUAAUUCUGUGCAUUUUCGAAAACACAACCACUGGAAUCUUUUUCCUCCUUCCUACCUUCUUUCUAGUACUCCACUCAUGGCAAAACUUGUUCGGGGAACUGACACGAUUUGGAGACAGACUCUUCUACAGCGACUGGUGGACCUGUACCGACUUCUCCGGGUACUUCCGCAAAUGGAACAUCAUCGUGCAGUCGUGGCUAUACCUCUACGUUUACAAAGACUUCAACGACAACGUCUUCAAAGGGAACACCACGCUCUCAAAACUGGCCGUUUUUCUCAUUUCGGCGGUGGUGCACGAAUGGGUACUCACCUACAUGUUCGGGUUCUUCUUCCCGUUGUUGUUUGCGGAGUUUCUGGUUUUCGGGACGAUUUUUAACUACGUGGGGGCACCCAAAACGGCGGCUUUUAAUGUGUUGUUUUGGUACGCGCUGGCUUUGGGAAUGGGGUCGUUGGUGACGAUGUAUGGGAUUGAGUACUAUGCGAGGGCUAACGCUCCUGUGGAGCGGCCGAGUUUUCGGGAAUGGGUAGUUCCGAGGUUUUUAACGUGUGAUUGCAUUCACGUUAGUUAGCGUAAGAAAUGAAUGGAUUUUAAGGUUGUCAAUAGAAUUUUUAACUUA